AAGUACAAUUAAUAUUCGAGCUUUCUUUACAAAUCAUUGAGAUGUCGCUUUUACCUGUUCGCAAGAAGAAAAAAUGUGUGAAACGCGAGUCCGUUGAAACUUGCAGAAAGGCAGACCGAAGUAACUACUGUGUCGUCUUAGAUGGAUCAGGUUUUUGGACUUCAUCUUGUGGGGUUUAGUGCCAUUAUAGUAAGUUUUGGUGGGAUUUGAAGCUACCUUAAGUUGUGUGCCUCACUAUUCACUUCAUUUCUAAUCGCGAUUCUAAUCCUCCAAGAGUUAGGUUGAUGACGUAUUGAUGAAAAUUUGGGAGUUGUGCUCUGGUAAAGAGGCUGAAUUUAUUGUCCACACUAAUGGGUGUGCGCUAUAUAGCCAUCUCAGUGUUGUCUACGGUGCUAAGCUUUGUUGGUCUGCGACUCCGGAUUGAAUUGUCUUUAGAUGAGCUAAAAUCGAAUGGACUAAUCAGUGAGAAGUUUAUUCACUCAGAGAAUGCCAGCCACGUCAUUGAGCUGCUUUUGGGUUCUUAUGCCACCAUUGGACUGCUAUCAAAUUUUGUGCUCAAUGUCUUUGUUUUACUUGUUCUAUGUCUAAAGACUCUAUUCUUUGUGGAGUUGUAUCCUGCUGAAACUAGGAAGUUAUUGGAACAUCUUAUCAAUUAUGUUAUUUACAAGGGGACAUUUCUACCACUGGUUGCUCCACCAACAAUAUAUCAAGCAGGCUUGUGGUCAAUCUGGUUGAUUGUACUAUGUUCUCUGAAGAUGUUUCAAGCUUUGGCCAGAGAUCGACUUGAACGCUUGAAUGCAUCCCCUUCUGCUACUCCUUGGGCAUAUUUUCGUGUAUAUUCGGUGUUAUUGUUGGUCCUCUCUGUUGACUACUUUUGGAUUAGGCUAUGUCUAGUAAUAUAUAGAACGCUGGGAUCAUCUAUGUUUCUGUUGUUAUUCUUUGAGCCCGUCAGUAUUGCUUUUGAGACAUUGCAGGCUAUUUUAGUUCAUGGGUUUCAGUUGCUUGAUAUAUGGCUCCAUCAUUCAGCAGUGAGUAAUACAAAUUGCCAAAGGUUCAAACUUUUUGAUACAUCAGCAGCAGGUUCAUUAUCAGAAUGGAAAGGCAUUCUUAUUCGGAAUUUGGGGUUUUCCCUGGACAUAGCAACAAUUUUAAUGGCACUCAGUCAUUACGUGCAUAUUUGGUGGCUUCAUGGCAUGGCAUUCCAUCUUUUGGAUGCCAUCCUUUUCCUAAAUAUACGUGCCUUGCUAAGUGCUCUUUUGAAGCGAAUAAAAGGAUUCAUCAAAUUGAGAGAAGCUUUAGGUGCUCUUCAUGCUGCCCUUCCCAAUGCAACAGCCGAAGAGCUACAAGCAUUUGAAGAUGAAUGUGCCAUCUGUAGGGAACCCAUGGCCAAGGCUAAAAAGCUAUACUGCAAGCAUCUUUUUCAUCUUGCAUGCUUGAGAUCUUGGUUGGAUCAAGGUUCAAGUGAGACUUAUUCAUGUCCUACUUGUCGAAAGUCGCUUUUUGUUGGCAGACCUCCAAAUGAAGCUAACCACCGUACUGGAGAAGUUCUGAGCGAUGAGCAGCUUGCACAUCAAAUAAGUGCUGGACUUGAUCAACAAAACACUUCCAGGCAUACCCUACCUACUGGAGUGUUUCCAAAUCAGACACAGAACCCUCUGGAAGAUGGUCCUUGGAGGAGUACAGGACUGGAUUCAAGUUGGCUGCAUACGUGGCCAAGUCAGGGUGUUGAGGGAGCUGGACCCUCUACUGCUGUCAGAUCAGUUGGAUUAGGGAGAGUUCAGAUGAUGAUGAGGCACCUUGCAUCAGUAGGAGAAACCUAUGCACAGACUGCCCUUGAAGAUGGUGCAUGGAGUCUUUGGCCUGCAAAUCCCUCUCAGCCUACCACAACUGGUCCACCCAUCCCUCCUGCUGGUGGUGGCAGAUACACUGUCGGCACCAAUGGUUUACAUAUGAGGACUGCCUCACGCCCUGCAAAUGACAGUAUGGCAAACAUACUUGCCAUGGCUGAGACUGUAAGGGAGGUUUUGCCACACAUCCCUGAUGACAUAAUUUUGCAGGACUUACUGCAAACAAGUUCUGCUGCUGUUACCGUGAAUAAUCUUCUCCAAAUGUGAGUACACAUUCUGUCUUAUUUGGUUGUAACAUGCUCCAAGUCUUCCAAGGAGGUUCCUGGUCUCAUAGACACCCAAUUCCAAAGGUUUGUUAGCGUGCACAGCUUCUUGUUGUCAAAUCACCUGGCUUCUUUUUUCUUUUCUGAAUUUUACAUGAGCUUCCUUUCUCUGUAUAUAAAGGCUAUCAGUUGUAUUCUUGAAGAAAAAUGGUGCGAUUAUAGUAUUUUUUCUCAGAUAAAUAAACUUUUAGACAUGACAAA